CCUGCCUCGCUCUUGGAGUCACAUUUGUACGCAAUCGCGGUUUUGUUUCGCUCAUUCGCGCUUGUUGGAAAAAUUGCUUUUCCCCCAGAAAAAAAUGUUCCUCCCCCUCUCGCUCUCUUUGUUUUGGAAAUCUGGAAUUUCUGCCCCGAGUGAUUCGCUGCUAGGCCACUGCUUCACAACCCUUUCGCGUUAUCGAAAGCGGGACCGCCGGUUUUCAUUACUCGUCAACGACGUACGGGGAAAAUGCGCAAGCGAUGCACAGAUGCGGCAUGGGGCGCAGGCGUAAUGACGGAAGUCGAUAGGGUCGAUAGGUAUCGAUGUCGAGGUGCGCACUCGUAGUAGCGAGCUGCUCGCUCGCUCGCUCGCGUUGCACCUAACCUUCAAGCUUGCUGGUGAGCGUGUCCGAGCAGUCCGAGUCGAUCGCGACGCGACGCGACGCGACGUAACGCGAGGCAACGUCGCGCCGCCUUCCUCGCGUCCUCGACGUACACGGGGCGGCCGGGUGGUGGAAGACUAGGAGAGCGGCCAAACGGAGAGCAACACAACUUUUCUCACCCUUUUCCUUUGUGCAACGUGACGUUGACGGUUGUAGCAAUUGUGCACUUUGGUCGCCUACAAUGCCUGGAGUAAGCCUGGCGUGAGGAGUAAGAGAGAACUGUAACCUUUAGCUCUUGGUGUAAGGAAGCUAAAAUACAGAUGGGUCAUGGGUCGAGCCGUUCCGCUUCGUCCAACAUACUCUCGACGGAGGAAUUGACACUAGUGGAGAACCUCUUUAAGUCCAUGUCCCGCAGCUCAGGCUCCAUCAAGCGCGAGGACAUAUUCAAACAUUGGUCGAUACACUUGGACGAUGCGUUACUGCAGUUUGUGGUGCGAUUCCUCUGUCACGACCCGGGAAAGAAGGUCUCGGCCAUCAACGGGGAGAACUUUGGCCGGCUGUACGUGUUCGCCGUACGCGGCAACCCCGAGGAACGCACCAAUUUGAUCUUCGAUGGCUUCUCGGAGGAAGAGCAAAAAUACGAGAUGCCCACCACCUCGUUCCUUCAGUAUAUUCAAGCAACGAUUAAUUCCUACUUGCGAUUGCAAAAGAACUCUGGCAACGCGUAUUACCUUACUUGGAGCAGCAUCGGCUGCACUGUCAAUACCAGGCGCAUAGGGAUGCGCUCUCGCACCCUCUGCGAGGAGUUGAUCAGGUACGGGGACGCGUUGACUGUCGAUCAAGUGGAGAGUUGGUUUGUCACAGCCGCCACGUUCAAGAAUAUUCAAUCGCACGUUUUCCAGUACCUCUAUCUAGUCUCGCAAAAGAAGGGUAGCGACAAGAAUACGGGGGCGCGCGUAAACGAUCUGAAUCUUCUGCCGUUGUGCAAGGGUUUGGAAAAUAUACCGCACUUUCCGAGUAUACUAGGGCUGGGAGACGUUCUGUUCCUAAAUUUGAGCCUGCCGCUUGAGUUGCGCGACGAAUGGCGAUUUCUCUUUUCGAGCCAGGUGCAUGGCGAAUCGUUUUCGACCAUGUUGGGAAGGAUCGCGAUGCAAGGCGCUACCAUCAUCAUACUUCAAGACACGGACGACCAUGUGUUCGGCGGUUUCGCCUCGGACAGCUGGAAGCUAGGACCGAACUUCAUAGGCAAUCAAACGUCGUUCCUGUUCAAGCUCGAGCCGGAAAUACUAACGUUUUCCUCGACGAAUUACAACAAUCACUAUCAGUAUCUCAAUCUCCAUCAGCAAACCAUGCCCAACGGCCUGCUUAUGGGGGGCCAGCUCAACUAUCCCGGCCUCUGGUUGGAUUGCGAAUACGGGACCGGCAAGUCGAGCUUGUCGUGCACGACUUUUCAAAAUUACAUACGACUUAGCGGUAAGGAGGAGUUCAAAAUCAAACACUGCGAGGUGUGGGGAGUUGGCCUGGUGCCGGACGCGGAAGAGGACGUGCGCGAAAUCAAGUCUGUGUUGGAUCAAGACCCGGCGUCAAAGGUCAUGCUAGAAUUGUCCGGUCGUAAGUUACACAGCGAGGGACUUCGCGAGGAACAAGAGUAAUUGUGAUAAAUAUAGAGAUUUUUUAUGAGAGCUUGAGCAAAGAGAGAGAGAGAGAAUGCUAGUUGUAAAGAUAUUGACAGAUAUUUAAGAUUGAUUACUUGAUUUUACACAGAAUAAAAUCUAUAUCAAUAUUGUUAUCGAUCCCGAUAGUUGUAAUGGGAUAUAUGCGGGUACGAGAAACGUAUUAAAAAACUCAUAAUUAUAUAAUAAUGUUUACGAUAUGAGAGAGAGUCCUCCCAUUUUACAUGAGUGCGUAUAUUUUAAGUUGAAACGAAUUCACGUGACAGCGACGUGGGAAACAGUUAAAACGCAUUAACAGAAACGAAUUACGAAAAUCGUUGCGCAAGUUUGAGUGAAAGGGUUGCCCCGCUCGUCCGUUCGUAUGAAUCAAUUCCGUAUACACUUUUUACAGACUUGAGCGAGGCUGUUUAUUUGUAAUUAUUUAUCUAAGUAUAUUAUUAGGACUUUUGUCCCUUUUUUAUAACGGCCUGAUGCCUCUCGAUUCACGAUUGUUUCUUCGAUCAUUCGAUCAUACUUGUGCAAUUUUGUUAUGUCGCGUACACGUGUAUCUAUUCAGUGCUAUGAUAUUAAAGAAUGCCGAUUGUUGCGUGGCCUGAAUGCCUAUUGUCUAGUGCCUGACGAGUCGUUAAAAUUGUUAAUUUACCAUUCUCUGCGUAUGUUGAUUAUUUAUAAACGAAUAACCGUGUGCCAUACAAAUUGCUUUUGUUAACUAAGACUGUAAUCGUCGUAUAGUGAAUAAAAGCAAACACUCCGACCGAUUAUUAAGUCAAAGGAAAUCAUCACGCUAGUGUAAGAUCUAUUAAAAGUUCAAUAAACGAUCAAAAUCGAUGUUUCGCCGACCACGUCCUUUUCGUCGAUUUACAACGAA